AUGGCACAGAACCCGAGCUUAUUUGUUUCUGAGCUCGACGCUUCUUCUACUGAUGUCGUCCCUCCUCACCCCGUGGCCAAUCUGACGCAGAACAACUCUGAAUCCCCCACUAUCGAGACACUGUACGAAGGCGAUAACAGUAACUACAAGCCGGGUACCUACUUGAACUGGCAAGCCACGCCCUUGAAGCAGGCAAAAGGCGAAAACAACAACGCUAUCACAGUGUACAUGAUCAAGGACCUGGACCAGCCCAACGUCGUUGGCAACGUUCCGCUUGAGCACUACAGGAUAGACGUCCGAGAUCGCGAGCUGGUGGCUUUCUUGGAGCCGAUUCUCAAGAAGAAGCACGCCCAUCUGAAUGUCUAUGACACAGCUACCUUCAUCAAGCCUUUCCAGGUACUGUAUGAAUGUCAUGAGGAGAUAGUGAAGCUUUGCAAUGCCGCGGCCGAAGAUGACAAGCUCAAGCCUCUUCUAAAACUCCUCGCCAAGGUCUUGAACGAUGUCUUUCUUGACACCAAGUUCAAAUCAAUUGGCUCACUGAAGCAGAACGGGCUCAUAUCCUUCAACACAGCCUGGGCCUUCUUCCAGCAUGGCACCACCGUGCUGGCGACGAUGGACAAGACUGAGCUGCUUUGCAAGGUUGAUCAGGCUAGCUACACGGUCGACCAGAUUGGCAAGCAGCAGCUGACAAUUGGAUGCAAGGUCAUAUGCUUUAAUGGUGACACUUUUGUCUGGGAGGACCAUGUGCUUACCAUCGACCACUUCGCUGGCAACAGGCCAGUGGCUGAGCUCAAUAAUUAUCCCCUGGUCUUCCACGAGGAUCCCGAUAUGGUCAUGUCUCGCCUUGUGGCUCAAGGCCACAAGAUUUUGGAAUUUCAAGGCCUGCAGUGCAGGGCAUAUGAUGGCAUUGCAAGCGUUCUCGAGCCCGGAGCGGGCUUCCAGAGGCGACAUGUCGAUGGUCGGAUCGUGAUCGACGUUAAGGGGUUCUACAAACACGCCAUGGUAUACGAUGCCGUCUUCCUAGACCGUCUCCGGACUAUGCGCCAGGACAGGAAAUCUGGAAAAAGUCAACCCGUCGUGGUAGAGCAGAAAUCCAAUGUAUUCAACGAGCGACUUGUUGAUGCAGGGCAAAAAGCCGACAAGGACGCCUUAACCCUGAAUGAGGAACACCUGGCUUUCCUGUUUCCUCUACUGAAUGGAUACUUGCUCAAGAAGAAGACGUGGGCGAAGUUCCUCAUUGACCAUAUUCAGCCUGUCUGCUGGAACGACGACGCAUACGAUCAUCUUGUGCACGACGAGUAUCAAAAGGAUCAGAUUCUGUCCUUUGUUGCGAAUCACCCAACAGACAAUAAGAAAAAGUCAGAGGGUGUCAUUAGCGGCAAGGGUGAGGGCCUUCUGAUUCUUCUGUCGGGACCUUCGGGCACUGGCAAGACCCUUACAGCCGAGGCCGUCGCAGACAAAGCCCGGCAGCCGUUGCUAAACAUUCACGCCGAAGACUUAGGGCUCGUCGCUAAGAAUCUUGGCUCCAAGCUCAAGUCGGUGCUCGAGCUGGCCACGGAAAUGGGCGCUGUUGUGCUGCUCGAUGAGGCGGACGUGUUCAUGUCCAAGCGGAACUACAAUGAUAUCCACCACAACGAGUUCGUUAGUAUAUUCCUCCGCGAACUUGAGUACUUCCGCGGCACCAUGUUCCUGACCACGAACCUGCUGGAAAACAUCGACAAUGCCUUUCUCAACCGCAUGUCAAUGCACAUCGUCUUCAAGCCCCUGAGCACGGGAACCCGCGAGGCUAUUUGGGACAAGGUUCUGGCACGUCAACUGCAACAGCCCAUGUCCCUAGAGGCCAAGGUUGGUCUCCCGGAAGGUGAGGCGCGGCUGAGCGAGCACGAAAUUCAGGAGCUGGCCCGAUGGAAUCUCAAUGGACGUGAAAUCACAAACGUGGCGCGCAUGGUCAGGGCCUUGUGCGACUACAAGGGCCAUGCCAUGACGCUCCAACGGUUGGAGAGCGGCAUCAAGGUGACCUCGCCGUUUGCGAUAAAGAGUGACGUUGACGCAGGCUAUGGUUUGUACUACUGA